CUUGUCAGUCUUUGAGUUCCCCAAAUCCCCUGGAGGUACAUAUAUCAAAUUCAAGAGAAACAUUGAAUCCAACCUCAACUGUUCACCUCUCCCCAAAGUCACCCAACCGUCCCUUCCUUGGCCUUAUCCACGACCCGUGAUGUCUCCAUCACAAGCCAUCCACCCCACAGGGAGCAAAAAGCUCCCAAGGCAAAGGAACAACCACCACCAAAGCGACACCGCCCAGACCUCCGCCUACUCUGAUGCCAGCCAAGAUAGACUCCAUCAUCAACAAAGCCAGCAGCAGCAGCAGCAGCAGCAGAAACAGCUAAGGGACUAUAUCAACACAAACAGGACUAGCAAGCCGACAAUAUCCCCCAUUGAGAGCUGGCUGGGCGAACCUAUCCGAGAGCAACCCUGGACUGGUCUCCGUGUCCACCUUCAGAGAGGGAGAGAUUCGCCCAAGUCCCAGUCAUUGUCAUGGCCGGAGUUGGAGGAGUCACCGGAGCUGGAGCUGGAGGAUCUGGACUUGGACCGGGACCUGUUGCCGUUCUUGACUUCAAGAACAUCUUAUACGGGCAGCGAAUCAUUACCUGGGGUUGAGGCAUCUUGGUCGUUGCGCUCCUCAUGGUAUACAGAGUCCUCUUCGUCGUCAUCACAGCCGGAGACUGGGAGCAAAGGAGUGGAAAGGAGACACAGGGUUUGAAGAAGAAGACUGCUUGACGGCUACUUUGAGUGUUAUUGAACGUAUUGUAAUGGCGGAUGAUUGGGUGUUUCUUUGAGGUUUCCAUAUUUUCCUUUUGUUGUAACUCAGUCAGCGGCUGGCCUGCUUUCUUAAUCCUUCCUUCCCUCCCCCCAGAGUCUUUCUACCCUCAAGCACAGAAACUUUCGGUAUGCCUCGUCAUAUAUGCAGAAGGGGUAUGGAUAGACUAAGAACUUACCACUCAUUGAGAUCCCAC